GGAGAGGGAACCUAAUCCAUCAGGCCGGGGUCAGGUCAGAGGGUGGGAGCGUGGAAGAAUCUGCUGCUUUUGGCUCUGCAUCUGCGUGCGGUUUCUGGCCAGACCACAGCCAGAAAGCGAUUGAGAGCGAUAUCGUAUCGUCACAAAUCUUCCUUCCCCACUGCCUUCUCUCGUCGUCUUCCUCCGCCUCUUCCUCGCCGGCGCCGCCGCCGCCGCCCUCGGCCCCUCCGCCCCUCCCUGGGGGUUAAGCGGGUUGGGUAGGUGCUCGGUGGGUGGACGCGGCCGCUGACGAGGGUUUAGGUAGUUAGUCAGUACAGAAGUCGUCUCUCGCGGGGGGUUGGGUUGGAGACUUGGGAGGGAAGGGUCGCUGCGUUGUUGUUGUUGUUGCCUGCUGGUGGUGGUGGGGAUGGGCAACCGGGUCGGGGGCCGGCGGCGCCGCCCGGCGGUCGACGAGCGCUACACGGCGCCGCAGGGCCUCUACCCGCACCCGGACAUCGACCUCCGCAAGCUGCGCCGCCUCAUCGUCGAGGCCAAGCUCGCGCCCUGCCACCCGGGCGCAGACGACCCGCGCGCCGACCUCGACGAGUGCCCCAUCUGCUUCCUGUUCUACCCCAGCCUCAACCGCUCCAAGUGCUGCGCCAAGGGGAUUUGCACCGAGUGCUUCCUCCAGAUGAAGUCGCCCACCUCCUGCCGCCCCACGCAGUGCCCAUACUGCAAGAUGCUGAAUUACGCCGUGGAGUACCGCGGCGUCAAGACCAAGGAGGAGAAGGGCGUCGAGCAGAUUGAGGAGCAGAGGGUGAUCGAGGCGCAGAUCAGGAUGCGGCACCAGGAACUCCAGGACGACGCCGAGCGGCUCAAGAACAAGCAGACGGCGGCUGCUUCGACCGACGCAAUAACAAUAGUUGAAUGCUGUGAUACCGGUGGCACAUCCACCCCAGCUGCGGCCGGUGUGCAAGGCAAUGAUGUGCUCUUGUCUCAAGCACAGCAAUCAGAGCUGCUACUGAAGAAUGCCGAACGACUAAAGCAGAUGCGGGAAGGUAAUUUCGACAUGGACCUUGAAGAAGUUAUGCUUAUGGAAGCAAUUUGGCUUUCUGUACAAGAUCAGGAAGCCUUAGGAAAUCCAGGCAGCACAGGUGCCAUACCACCAACACUUCCUCUAAGAUGUAAUAAUGCAUCUGUGUCGGUUCCAGCUGAAGCAGCGCCUUCUGGUGGAUUUGCUUGUGCGGUCGCAGCUUUAGCCGAGCAACAACAUAUGCUUGGAGAUUCUUCCAGCACUGCCACUUGCCAAACAUCAAGACAUGAUAUUCUCAGCAGGUCACAACGGUCUUUUACAGACGAUCUGAGCAUAGCUGGGAGUAGUUCAUCAGGAACCAGAGUUGAAGAACCAUCAAAUAGCAGAACGCGGCAAAUAAGAGAGGGUGCGGAGUACUCUAACAAUGACGGGUGGUCAGAGGCGGCGGAGGCCGGUACCAGUUUUGCUGGCUCUGAUGUUACAGUGGAGGCUGGGGCUGCCAAUCUGGCUGCUUCAGAUGUAUCUAGCAUUGGCACUGUCCCUGAUAGCUUUGAAGAGCAGAUGAUGCUGGCCAUGGCUCUUUCGCUGGCCGAUGCUCGGGCAGUUGGGAGCUCUCCAGGGACAACUUGGCGGUAGUUGCUCUACCCCUUCUAUUUAUUUGUUUAGGUUGUCUGGUAUCAUUCCUAGAUUUCCUUCUGUCACAUAAAACAUAGGAUUAGAUGGGGGUGGGUGAACAAAGAUUGGCUGUGGAAUUUGUGAAUAGUGUGACUGGAGAUAAAUCUGCAUAUUUGCAGGUGGGCUUUUCUUUUCUUCUUAAGUGUAGAAACUAGGCUCUGUCAGGCAUACUUCUGCCUGCAUAAAUCGCGCCUUUGAUGAUGUAGAAAUGGUGUAAAUGCAGAGAAUCGCUCUCUUUCCA